GCUUUCCAAACAAUCUCCGCCACAUUUUCACUAUAUUAACAACUUUCCAUGGACGAGAAACAAAGACUGGCCGAUCUCGAGGCGAAACAGAGCCAGUACUUGAACCAGUACGGCCAAGAAGUUCCUGCUCAGCAGCAGCACCAUGCGCCGGCGGGCGACACAAAGAACGAAGGUUACCAGACAAGCAGGGAUGUGUAUCCACCGUACACGCAGGCAGGCCCUGUGAGCCCCUAUGGACCCGGCAGCCAGAGCCAGCCCGUCAGCCAGGCAGGACCCGCCAGGCAGGAUCCCCCGCAGUACAGCGACGUGGGCCCUGUCCCCCCUGGGCAAUACUCAAACGACCCGUACGGUGCACAGGCAAGCAGCAGCCGGCACACAGAGCAGCCGCCUCAAUACCAAAGCAAGGCGAACCUGCCGCAGGAACCGGCUAUCUCCGGACAGCAGAUGAAGCUCGACCCAGGCACGUACAUUGAGAUUGAGGGGGCGCCAGCACAGCUCAACUGUCCGUACUGCCAUCUACCGAUUAUUACUCAGAUCAAGACAAAGACCGGCACCAAGACGGUGGUAGCUGCCGUGGCCAUUGCGGUCGUUUUCUGGCCGCUGGCGUUCAUCCCGUUCGUGUCGAAGCGCAUGAAGAAGUCUGUCCAUGUGUGCCCGCACUGCAAAAAGAACCUGGGCAAGGUCGUCACUGUAUCUGCAGUUCGGCCCGUCCAGCAGCAAUGAGUGUAGAGCUUUUUUUCUUU